AUGGGUGCAAUCUGUAUGAUGGAUCACUCUGAGAAACUUCAGAUUCUUGUUAACGAUGCUCUAGACAAAGGUGCCGAAAUUGCCGUCAGAGGGAGCUUUGGCAAUCUUGGUGAAGAUGCAGUUGAUCAAUUUUUCCCUCCAACUGUCCUGGUGAAUGUUGAUCACACGAUGAAAAUAAUGCAAGAAGAGGCAUUUGGACCAAUUCUACCAAUCAUGAAAUCCAAUUCUGAUGAAGAGGCUUUUCUAUUUGCAUACAUGUAA